AUGUCCGUUUUCACCGGACUUGGUGCAGUUUUUCAGAACACGCAUUUCGCUGAAGUUGUAGGCGACAAUCUUGGUAAUAAUGGUUCUUCCACUUAUGGCAGCGACUCACCCGUUGUUACACCCACGUUUGCUCCUGUGGUGAAUGGCACUAUCCCUAAAAGUGCUGGUUUGAUCAACACAUUGGCAGUAGAGCCUAACAAUCCUAAUGCUGAUGCCACUAUAUUUCAAGCUCUGGAACCGCCCAACUACCUCGUCGAGCAUACUGAAGCUAUAAUGGGCUUGUGUCCACCUCGAUUCAUCAACUCAUCUUUUAUAAGAAAUCGCGCCAUUCCUACCAACAAUUGGUGGGGCAACAUUAUCGCACAUGAUUCCAAUGCCGCCAUUCAACCAAUUUGGUCCAACCCGUACUCGUUGCAGAUGCUAGUUGACAAAGCUCCAUUCGGUAUGUCCACAAGCUAUCCGUAUCGAAGCCGUUUUAGCGGUGGCAACUCUGGCAACAAUGGAGCUGUUAAAUUUUAUGCGCACGGUCAAGUUCGUGAAUUUCAAUUUUCAGCCGAGGAGAUUGUCAAUCAGAAGCCCAAUUUUCAAGUUGUGGAUUGGGCCGACCAGGGAGUGACGGUGCAGUUUACUGCCGGAUCCUACGGCGGCACAAUGAUGUCGGAUUUGGUGUCUGGUAUGGUGUACACUUCGAUGAAGUACUCGAGUCUUACUCCUCGGCUUGAGUCAAGUGCCGCCAUCUCCACCAUUAAUGGCCAACCUUGUGGUGGCCAAGUCCAUGGAUCAAAGUUUGAGAUUGCUUACAACUCCGGUCAAAAGUGGAUUGUGUACGUUCUGUCGAGCGACGGACUCAGUGACAAGGAUAUUACUUUCACAGCCGACGGUCCGUAUGCUCUCAAAAGUACAGACAUUUUUGACGGUAUUCUGCGUGUCGCGCUGGUGCUUGAAGAUUCCUGGUUAUCGACACUAGAUCAGCAUAAGCUCUGCAUUGUUCAAUCUGCAGCAGUUGACCUUCACGACGACACCUCGUAUGCUCUUAAGUGGAAGACGGCGGGUGACUGCUCAAGUGGCCUACUGCACUACGCUAUGAAACACCACAUUGAAACUAUUGUAAGAACUGGCGGAAUUCGCCAAGUCGAUGGCAUGAUGGCCUACUCGACAACUCGUGGAGCGUAUCAGGCUUUUGCAACUCCUGAAGGCUCUGCCAACCCUGUAUGGGAAAUUAAAGAGGUUCAACCAGUACCAGAAGACAUCUACCCAUCGCGCAAAAUCAUGUCAACCGUGGCACAGCAACAACGUAUUGUUCAUCAUUUGCGCGAGGAUAUCAAUGCCGAGUGGUCAAUCCCUCGUGAUGGCAGCUACUAUUUCAAUGGUAAGGCUGCACAAAAGUACGCUUCGCUCUGUUUGAUUGCAAAUGAUCCAGUCAUCGUUGGAGACGACAAAAGUCUUCUGACCUCAUGUCUAAGUAAGCUUCGUGAUGUGAUGGCACCGUUUGUCGCUAAUGAUUGGGCUUACAAGCUUCAGUACGAUCGAAUCUACGGCGGAAUCAUAAGCAGUCAAGGAUUUGUAACUAGGGACCUUAACUCCGACUUCGGCAACACCAUGUACAAUGAUCACCACUUUCACUACGGCUACUGGGUGCACACGGCAGCGAUCAUCAAUCGUCUGGACCCAAGCUGGAGCGACCUACCCAAGCUUAACACUAUGGUCAACCUUUUGAUUCGCGACGUCGCUAAUUUUGACGCUAGCGACAAAUUUUUCGCACGAUUUCGCUCGUUCGACUGGUAUCGAGGACACUCGUACUCGCACGGCGUAACCCCAUUUGCUGACGGAAAAGACCAAGAGAGCACGUCUGAAGACGUCAACUUUUCCUUUGGCAUGUACAUGUAUGGUAAGGCCACAAACAACGUCGCACUUGAAGCAGUCGGAAAGCUUAUGACUCGUGUCAAUGCGCACGCCAUCAAAACAUACUUUUUGAUGGAGGACGCCAAUCAGAUUCACCCAGACAAAUUUCGGCCCAACAAGGUGACAGGUAUAUUUUUCGAUAACAAAGUGGACUAUGCUACAUGGUUCAGCGCUGAAAAACACUGCAUUCAUGGCAUCCAAAUGAUUCCCGUGUCAGCUGUGACCGAAUACGUGCGCACCAAGCAGUUUGUUAAAGAAGAGUGGGAGCAGGUGCUGGGCAAGGAGAGCAUUGUGAUGCGUAAGGACAUGAGCAACUCGUGGCUUUCGCUGUUAUACGCGAACUUUGCCAUGGUGGAUAAACAGCGGGCUCUGGAUAUCUUACAAAAGGCCAAAAUGGAUGAUGGUCUGUCUCGAUCGUGGGCGCUGUAUAUGGCCGCCAGCUUCGCCGAGUAA